AUGUCCACCGAGGAUUCCACUCGAAAUCUUGCACGGGCGGGUACUGGGGUGAUUCCCGCACCGGAAAAACUCCUAAAGUUCGGUCGUUGCUUGCACCCAGGUGUCGGCAGACUCUUGGGAUAUAAGGCGCAGGAGUAUGUGUGGCUGGACAGCCCGCCGCAUGACCGGGAUCAGCUGUGGAGCAUGUUUGAGAUGUGGGAUCUGCAGCCACCGAGCCUUGUGAUUGAUCUGGUUGGGGGUUGGUGUCAUCCUCGGCACCUCCUCUUGCCGGCCGACAUCGAGACCAUGGAGCAAUUGCCUGGUGUCGACAAGGUCGUGAAGGAUGCCAAGCGAGUCAUGCAGUUGCAGGCUCAAGAGCUUGACAAGUCCGAAGCGAUUGACAUGGCUGAGCUGCAGAGAACCAUCGGCACGAGCUUGUUCGAUCGCCUUGUCGAAGAUAUGGUCGCCCUGACGGAGGCGUGCUCCAAAACGAACAGCUGGCUCCUGUUUGAUCAGAGCAACAUUGGGCAGUUGUACUACAUCCUAGAGGCCGCGCUUGCGAGGACCAAGUUCAGGCCCGUAAUUCUCAUGUUUGUGGACUCGGCGCUCAAAGAAGGUUGCCUUUUCCGGGACGGCAAGCACGACUACCAGGAAGAGGCCUGGAAUCAGCUCGAAGAGAAUGUGGAUGUUGUGCACCAAGAAGAGACCUUGCUGAAGCUGCCAAUCGUCCAUUUGCCCCCAGCGCUCUUCCCGGAAUCUGCGAACCUGUGGCCGGUUCCAGGUGACAUGGCCGCCACAGAAGCGGCGAGACGGGAGACUCUCGGGAGAUCCCACUAUGGGAGGUGGUUCUUCCGUGCAGCCACUCAUUACAUCUUCUGCAAAGGAUCCGGGAAUUUCGGGGAUUCGGCCGUUUGCUUCGACCUGGACUGGCUGGGGCCGCAGGGAAGCGUGUACAGCUCUGGAGCCAUCGGGACUGGGUGCACGAGUGACCUGAUUUUUUCCUCUUUGGAUGCAGGGAGGCCGGCCAUUCUCUUUAAGCACACUGGCUUGGCUAGCGACCUCUGGAGCCACGUGCUCGACAUCAUAGCCGAGAUGGCAAGCAAAAGACCUCAAAAUGGCGGCCUGAAGAGGGAGCAGGACUUCACUGCUGGAGAUGUUAUUCAGUCUUUGCACGAACGACUGGGGAAUGAGACCCUUCAAAAUCUCAAGGAGAACCGGUGGAUAAAUACAAAGCUUUUUGCUUCGAUCACGACCCUUCUGCGGAAAGAUUGGCAUCGACUCUCCCAAUCCUUUGUUGUUGUGGAUGCCUUCCAAGACAAGCCCGACAAGGUCUUGGACAAAAUCAGCGCUUGUUUUGCUAACACAUGCGGUGGUGGUGCAAGGCUUGGUGAAGAUGAUCUGCGUGCAAGGAGCCUGGCAGAGGCUUGCGACUUCCUUCGGCAACUGCGUUUCAAUGCACACCGAUUUGCAUCGCGUUCGAAUUUGAUGGCAGUUGGUGGUGUCAUACUCUCCCUGCUGGCCACUAUGAUCGCUGCUUGGAGUGCUUGGCUAGACACGCAAAUGGGGCCUGAUCACGAAUCGUUCCUGCAGUGGCUGGGGGAUAUGGCAUUGAUCCUGAUGCCUGCUCUCAGCGGCCUUGCUUUUACGUUGCUUUCGCGACUUCGGUACAUGUCAAAAUGGGGAGCCGUAUAUCUGGCAGCCGAACAGGUCGAGUCAGAGAUCAUGAGAUUCCGAGUACAGGUCGAAGACUAUGGCUCGAUGCAGCUACCAGAAGAGCAGGAGCACACCGUCUUGCUUGCGUCCAAGGUGUCUUCUAUUUACGGAAGCAUCGCACCAGAAUUUCAUCACGACACGCUCCACGUACCUUCCACGAGCAGGAAUGGCAUUGACACGAUGUUUGGAAGCUGCACGCUCGAAGAAGAGUCCCACGAAGGAUCAGCAGCACGCCGUCCGCUUCUCGAAGAAGACGGAGAACACCUCAGCUCUGCAACAGUAUUUCCUUCAAGCGGGAAGACCACGAUAUCCGUCGAGGAGUAUUUCGAAGAAAGGGUCAAGGCCAAGCUGCAGUACUGGCAGGCGCUGGCACCCCGCUUGUCUCAUCGAGUGGCUGUGUACGAAGCUCUCAUUGUUUUAUCCUCGGUUUUGGGCACAGUCCUGGGCGCAUUGGACCAGAAACUGUGGAUUCCCUUUAUGGUCGCCUUGGGUGCUGCCAUGAACACCUUGAUGCAUCACGAAGGGCUACAAGCCCGACUCUCUGCUCUCAAUGCUUCCAUCCAGGACUUGCUCCAUAUCCGGCACCGUUGGUCAGCCCUUGGUGUCGUUGAGCGACGGACAAACUUCCACAAGGAAUGGAUGGUGAACGUCGCCGAGGCAGCCAUCCUUCGGGAGGCAAGCGCCUACACGAACGCUGCUGGCUCCUCCAUGCAGUCGCUGACCGCAGCGCCUGCAGAGGCAAAGAAGGAGCCGACAGAGAAGGCAGCGAAGGAGCCUCUGAGCCCUGCCCGGGGCCCUGCGGGCGCGAAGGCAUCUUCCGCCUUUCUGGUCUCGUCCGGGAGGAAUCGUCGUCAAACAGGUCCUUUGAUGCAAAAGAAGUACGUCCCACCACACCAGCGCAACGGCACGGGAGGGUCCGAGCCGAGUCCAGCGGAGCGAAAGAAUGAGACUGAUGGCCGAUCAGAGUGGCGCGGAAAGGGUGGCGGAGGCUAUUCAGGAAAGAAUGGCCGGGACGGCGGUGGCUUCGACCGCGACGGUGGAAAGGGUGCGGGGAAGUCCGACUAUAGCGAUCGCGCCGGCGAUUCGAAGAAAAGCACUGUCUUCUCAAUGCAGGGCGCCGGCGGAGACUGGUCGGCGCGCUUCGGCAACAAACGCAACGAGCAGCAGACAGAGCUCGAGGUCUUUGGGCCACCGAAGACCCGAUCGACGAGCGGCAUCGAUUUUGACAAAUACGAUGCUAUCCCGGUGCAGGUUUCGGGCGAGAACAGCACGGACGUGAAACCCAUCGUCCGUUUUUCAGAGGCAAAGCUGGUGGAUUCCCUCUUCGACAACCUCCGGCGAUGUGGCUACGAUCGCCCAACCCCUGUGCAGAAGUACUCCAUACCCAUUGUGCUGUCCGGGCGCGAUCUGAUGGCUUGCGCACAGACCGGCUCAGGAAAGACCUGCGCCUUCAUGGUGCCCUGUCUCGAGUCCCUGCUCCGGUCUGGACCACCACAGCAGAACAGCAGGGGCCGGCAGAAGCCAGCGCCUUGUGGCCUGUGCCUGGCGCCGACGCGCGAGCUGGCAUCUCAAAUUCACGAAGAGAGCAAGAAGUUUGCCUUCGACACCGGGAUCCGUUGCUGCAUCAUCUACGGCGGUGCGGACAUGCGAGAACAGAGGAGUGAGCUCGAGGGGGGCUGCGAUGUGCUUAUCGCCACGCCGGGACGCCUGACAGACAUGUUCGAGCGGAGUUUCCUUUCUCUCGCCAAUGUUCAGUUCUUCAUCCUAGAUGAGGCAGACCGAAUGCUUGAUAUGGGUUUCGAGCCCCAGGUCCGGCAGAUCGUAAAGCAAACCGACAUGGGCAAGUGGAGCACUGUUCGACUGCAGUCGAUGAUGUUCUCAGCGACGUUCGCUUCGGAGGUCCAGGUCAUGGCACGCGACUUUCUUUCGGACUACCUCUUCAUCACAGUUGGGCGCGUGGGGGCUGCGUCAGAACUGGUUACGCAGAAGGUCGUCUACGCAGACGAAGGGUCGAUGAAGGUGCGCAAGUUGGACACCGCCGAGCCGGCUCGUUCACCCACGCGCCUUUCUUGGCGGGGGCUUGGAACGCCUGAACGGCAUCGAUAG